ACCGGGCGCCCGCGGGGGUGGGCUGGGGGGUGCUGGCUAUCAGUAAGCAGCACCUCGCCUUCCCCAACCCCUUUAGACUCCUAGGGGAGUCUCCUAGGGAGAUGACAAGAGAUGCUUAAAUAGUACUCUGAAAGUUAGUGAAAGUGGUAAACGGCUUUUCCUUCUGCAAAGCGCUGCGACCUGCUCAGCAGCAGAGCACUUUCUUUUUAGCCUUCAACAUGGCGUCCUCCAAGAAGGUUACCCUCUCAGUGCUCAGCCGGGAGCAGUCGGAAGGGGUUGGAGCGCGUGUCCGCAGAAGCAUUGGCAGACCCGAGUUAAAAAAUCUGGAUCCAUUUUUACUGUUUGAUGAAUUUAAAGGUGGCAGACCAGGUGGAUUUCCUGAUCACCCACAUCGAGGUUUUGAAACAGUGUCUUACCUCCUGGAAGGGGGAAGCAUGGCCCAUGAAGAUUUCUGUGGACACGUUGGUCAAAUGAACCCAGGAGACCUGCAGUGGAUGACUGCGGGCCGGGGCAUUCUGCACGCUGAGAUGCCUUGCUCAGAGGAGCCAGCCCAUGGCCUCCAACUGUGGGUUAAUUUGAGGAGCUCAGAGAAGAUGGUGGAGCCUCAGUACCAGGAACUGAAAAGUAAAGAAAUCCCUAAACCCAGUAAGGAUGGUGUGACAGUUGCUGUCAUUUCUGGAGAAGCCCUGGGAAUAAAGUCCAAGAUUUACACUCGCACACCCACCUUAUAUUUGGACUUCAAAUUGGACCAAGGAGCAAAGCAUUCCCAGCCUAUUCCUAAAGGGUGGACAAGCUUCAUUUAUACCAUAUCUGGAAAUGUGUAUAUUGGGCCUGAUGAUGCACAACAAAAAAUAGAACCUCAUCACACAGCAGUGCUGGGGGAAGGUGACGGCGUCCAGGUGGAGAACAAGGAUCCUGAAAGAAGCCACUUCGUCCUAAUUGCUGGGGAGCCAUUAAGAGAACCAGUUGUCCAGCAUGGUCCAUUUGUGAUGAACACCAAUGAAGAGAUUUCUAAGGCCAUUCUUGAUUUCAGAAACGCGAAAAAUGGGUUUGAAAGAGCCAAAACCUGGAAAUCAAAGAUUGGCAACGAGUGAAGAGCAAAGAGCAGGUCUCAAUGCUUUCUAGAAUCUUGCCAUUUGUGGCAUCCAUCCAUUCAACACAUUCAAUUUCCAAAGCUGACUUAAUCAGUUUCUUAACUUGUAAAGAAUUCCAUGGUAAAGCAAGAACAUGGUUUUUAUAGGAAUGCACUUGAGAUAUUUCCUGGCACGUGCAAAUAAACCUAAUAAAUCAGUUUUCUUCAUUUUGA